AUGCCGGCCCUCAUGAGACUGGUCACGGCAGCUUUGGCUGUUGCCAUACCUCUUGCUGCUGCACAAACCUAUACCACCUGCGAUCCUUUAAACGGAACAUGCCCUGCUGAUCCUGGUCUGGCAAACUACACGUUCUAUACGGACUUCACUGCCGGUGACUCAGCCUUUGAGUUUUGGAAUACGACUGCCGGCACUGUCAAUAGCACAUCGCAAGGCGCCGCAUUCAUCAUCAGUGAAGAAGGAGACUCUCCGACUAUACAGACAGCAUUCUACUUCUUCUUCGGCCACGUCGAUGUUAAGAUGAAAAUUGCCAAUGGCACGGGUAUUAUCAGCAGCAUAGUAUUCCUAUCGGAUGAUCUGGACGAGAUUGAUUGGGAGGGCAUUGGUACAUACAAUUAUGAAAUCGAGACCAACUACUUUGGCAAGGACAACACCACAAGCUACGACCGCGCGACCUACCCAAACGUCACCACUCCAAGUGAUGAGUUUCACACAUACAGUGUCGAUUGGACCCCUGAGCAGAUUCAAUGGUUUGUUGACGGUGACCUCAAACGUACUCUGGCAUAUGAUGAUGCACUUAAUGGAGAAAACUUCCCACAAACGCCCAUGGUGCUCAAACUCGGUAUCUGGGCAGGUGGUUCCUCCAGCGAAGGCGAAGGCACUAUCGAAUGGGCCGGUGGCGAGACGGAUUUCAGUGAUGCUCCAUUUACUAUGUAUGUUGAGUCGGUCAACAUUACCAACUACUAUCCUGCCGAGUACUACACCUAUGGCGACACUACCGGUGCUUACACGAGCAUUGUCUUGUCCAACUCAACCAGCACUAGCAACUCCAGCGUGACAACGACAACGACGAAGAAUGGAACAAGCACUACUACGCUCGUUAGCAACACUACUAGUUCAAACACUUCAUCCUCUUCUGCUUCAGCCAGUUCCUCGGCCGUUAUUUCUACUGCCGGGGCUGCUGUUGCAGAAUUGGCAAUGAACCCUGUAGUUAUUGUGUCGGCUGUUGUAUUGUACUUGUUCAUGUGA